ACAGUGAGAAGACGUGCUUGUGACGUAAUCAAAUGCGCCAGAAACCAAAUCCUGCACGCGCGUCGCGUGCCUUGUUUGUGCGCCGUAAAACAGGAGACUGAACGCGGCGACAGACUUUUGCUCUGUAGUGAGCCGCCUGUAAAAAGUAUCGCAUAACCCAGAGGCACAAGCAAGAAAGAAGCAGCUGCCAUUAACUAUAACAUCAAGAUGGAUGUCAAAGAAGAAACGUGUGAAAACGAUGUAAAUACUAUGGAGAUAAUGACAGUGAGUAUUAAGGGAGAGGACUGUGAAUGGGAGGCUGUCCACCCCAAACAGGAGAGUCUGUGCAUUAAGGAUGAGGAUUAUGAACAGGUAACUGUGAACAUUAAAGAUGAGGCUGAGGGGACGUCUGUCAAUAACGAGGAACAAAAAUGGAAAAUUAUGAAGCGCAAUGACCUCAAGGUGAAGUCUGAAUCGUUACAGUCCGACUCAAAGAUGAUUGAGGACAUUUUAUCUUUUAGAACUCUGGACAGUCAGUCAUCAUCAUCAACUUGGUCUGGAAAAACUGCACAAGACAAUGGCAGCUUCUUCUCAUCUCCAUCAUCUCAGACCUCUCUUCAGUGCAGAUCACAGCAGACAACAAAUGAUGAAAGUAUAAAGAAAUUGACGUCUGGACCAGAGAGUUUGAUACCAGCCUCACUGAGUAGUGCUACUCUGCCAGUGAUGAAACUAACAACAGCAGGUGUGAUCACCAGACAGAUACAAAUACAUGGUUUAGAUGCAGCCGCUGUCCACCAGGAGCAGAGGAAAAGGUCCAAUCUGAGUGAAACACAACAGAAGCUGUAUCAGUGUUCUGAAUGUGGUAAAGGAUUCCCAAAAUUGAGAAGUCUUCAUAAACAUAAAAAAAUUCACACUGGAGAGAAGCCGUAUUGUUGUUCUGAAUGUGGUAAGCGAUUCACACAAGUGAGCAGUCUUCAGAGACACAGCAAAAUUCACACGGGAGAGAAACCAUAUCAUUGCUCAGAAUGUGGUAAAGGAUUUACCUGCACACGCAGCCUUCAGGACCACCUAAGAACUCAUACUGGAGAGAAGCCAUACUGUUGUUCUGAUUGCGACAAACGAUUUCCCAGUGCCAAGAACCUUCGAGUCCACAAAAUAAUUCACACUGGAAUUAAGCCAUAUUGUUCUGAAUGUGGCAAGCAGUUCACCACCAACGGUAGCCUUCAAGUCCACAGAAGAAUUCACACUGGAGAGAAGACCUACUGUUGUUCUGAAUGUGGCAAGCGAUUCACACAACUUAGUAGCCUUCAGAGGCAUAGAAGAAUUCACACGGGAGAGAAGCCCUAUUGCUGUUCAGAAUGUGGUAAAGGAUUUACCAGCACCAGCAGUCUUCAGGACCACACAAGAGUUCACACUGGAGAGAAGCCGUAUUGUUGUUCUGAAUGUGGCAAACGAUUUUCACAAAAGAGUGCACUUCAGACUCACAGAAGAAUUCACACUGGGGAGAAGCCAUACUGCUGUUUUGAAUGUGGCAAACAAUUCACUACACACAGCAGCCUUCUGAAGCACAGAAGAAGUCAUACAGGAGACAAACCUCAUUGCUGUUCUGAAUGUGGUAAACGAUUCUCAAGAAUUGCUCAUCUUCAAAGUCACACAAGCAUUCACACUGGAGAGAAGCCGUACUGCUGCUCUGAAUGUGGCAAAAGAUUCUCACAAACCUCCCAUCUUCAGAGACAUAAAAGAAUUCACAUGGGAGAGAAGCCGUAUCGGUGUUUGGAAUGUGGCAAACAUUUCUCACGAAUUGAUCAUCUUCAAAGACACACAACAAUUCACACCGGAGAGAAGCCAUAUGGCUGCUCAGAAUGUGGCAGAAAAUUCUCACAAAUCGUCAAUCUUCAGAGCCACACAAGGACUCACACUGGAGAGCAGCUGUAUUGCUGUUCUGAAUGUGGCAAAGAAUUUUCACAAAUCUCCCAUCUUCAGAGUCAUACAAGAAUUCACACUGGGGAAAAGCCAUAUUUAUGUAAUACAUGUGGCAGACAGUUCAAACAUAUGAUCAGCCUUCAGACCCACAUACAAGUACACGCUGCAAAGAAGCCAUACUGCUGCUCUGAAUGUGACAAGGAAUUUUUUAACAGGCGUAGUCUUGAAACUCAUUCAAGAAUUCAUGUAGGAGCAAAGCCAUAUUCUUGUUCAGAAUGUGGAAAACACUUCUCUACAAACGACUAUCUUCAGAGACACAAAAGAAAUCACACUGGGGAGAAUCCAUAUUCUUGUUCCGAAUGUGGAAAACAAUUCUCUAGCAUCAGCUAUCUUCAAAUCCACAAAAGAAGACACACUGGGGAGAAGCCUUAUACUUGCUCUGAAUGUGGAAAACAAUUCUAUGACAACAGCCAUCUUCAGAGCCACCAAAGAAUUCACACUGGAGAGAAGCCGCAUUGUUGUUCAGAAUGUGGCAAACGAUUCUCACGAAAGGCCAGUCUUAGGACCCACAUAAGAAUUCACACUGGAGAGAAGCCAUAUUCCUGUCCUGAAUGUGGAAAACAAUUUUCUGACAGCAGCCAUUUUCACAAACACAUCAAAAAUUCACACUGAAGGGAAGCCAUAAUGCUGUUUGGAAUGUGGUAAACGAUUCUCACAAAUGAGCAGUUGUCAGGCCCGUACAAGAAAUCACACUAGAGAGACUCUGCAUUGCUAUACAAAAGGUGACAGGCGAUUUGCACAGUUAUGUUGUCUUCCCAGCACACAGUUUGACAUUUGCCCAGUGCAGGGCAGCCAGCAGUGGCCCAAUUGGGAUUUGCACAUCAGGGCAACGUUGGCUUGGUGUACGUAAACAGAUUGAGAUUUCAACUUUGGUCAAGAAUAAAAAAAUGCCAAUA